AUGCUACAAACAAAAGAUCCAACAAAUUUUCGAGUAUAUGUCGAACAACCAACAAAAGAUGAUGGUAUUAUUGCUCAACGAGUAUUUAAUACCUAUAAACAAAUGCAUACGCAUCAAUGUGUCGAUUUUGUUCGAAAACAAUAUGAUCGUUGGUUAAAAUUUGAUCAUACACGUUUACCAAUGUAUGAAGUUUUGGAAAAAUUAAAUGCAGUUGUUGAUGAAAGUGAUCCGGAUGUUGAUGUACCAAAUAUCUAUCACGCAUUUCAAACAGCUGAAGGUCUACGUAAAGAAUAUCCGGAUCAAGAUUGGCUUCAUUUAACUGGUCUUAUACAUGAUUGUGGAAAAUUUUUAGCUCUCUAUGAUGAACCACAAUGGUGUGUUGUUGGCGAUACAUUUCCUGUUGGUUGUCAAUUUAGCGAUAAAAUUGUUUAUCGUACAUCAACAUAUGAAAAUAAUCCUGAUUUAAAUGAUGAUAUAUAUUCAACUAAAUAUGGCAUGUACUCGCCAAAUUGUGGUCUUGAAAAAUGUAUGAUGUCAUGGGGACAUGAUGAAUAUCUUUAUCGGGUUUUGAAGAAUCAUUCAACAUGUACAUUACCUGAUGAAGCUUUAUAUAUCAUACGAUAUCAUUCAUUUUAUCCUUGGCAUACAGGCAAUGAUUAUAUGUAUUUAUGUAAUGAAAAAGAUCUUGAUAUGUUAGAAUGGGUUCGUCGUUUUCAAAAAUUUGAUUUAUAUACAAAAGAUGAUCAUGAUUUACCAAAUAUUGAUGAACUUAAACCAUAUUAUUUAUCAUUAAUUGAUAAAUAUAUUCCAGGCAUUCUUGCUUGGUAA